AUGUACAGAAAGGGCGGGUCUAAUUUUUUUUAAUUUUUGGCCGGCGUGCAGGGCUAUUUAAACGGCCCAAUGGAGAUUCCACUUCCCAACAUCCGAAGAGAGAAGCCAAUCUGAGCUAGAGAACAGGAUAGCCGGAGCUCUCCGAUGGGGGCCGUCGAGAACAAGGCAGACGAUGUCCUGACAGUAGAAAGAUCCCUCCCCGUCGCGGUCCUGCCAGAAGGAGAAACGCCUGGGGGUUCUCUUUUCUUAUGUAGCAUGGACUGUUGGGCUUUAGCCGUGGUGCCGACCCUUUACACAUUCCACAGGGGCGACGCGAACGUGGCGGGUGUGAUUAAGCAAGCUCUGUCCAAGGUUUUGGUUCAUUAUUAUCCGCUCACGGGGAGGUUAGCUAAGAACUCUCUAGGGAAGUUGAUGGUCGACUGUGAUAAGAAGUUGGGAGUGCCGUUUGUGGAGGCGUCGGCCAAUUGCGACAUCGAAAAUAUGGGCGAUAUAAAGAUGCUUGAUUCUGAGAUCUUAGAGAAGCUUGUUUACAGAGAUCCUACUGAGAAAAUGCUGGAAGUCGCACCCCUUCUAACAGCACAGGUAACAAAGUUUAAAUGUGGAGGUUUCACUUUAGGGGUUGUAGUUAACCACUGCAUGACCGAUGGUAUCUCUGCCAUUGAUUUCAUGAACUCAUGGGCUGAGACAGCACGAGGUAAACCAUUAUCCUUCGUCCCUUGUCACGAUAGAACCUUUCUAAAAGCAAGGGUGCCACCUCAAAUUGGCGAUUUCUACAAUGACUUUGCUCGCGUGGGUGAUAUAUCAAACAUGACCGCAUUAUGUGAGAAAGAGCAAAUCGUGUUUAAAUCUUUCCACAUUGAUGGCGAGAAGCUGGCCACCCUGAGAAAAAUGACAACGAUCGAUGGACGGGUAAUGAACAACUACUCCAGCUUUGUCGCACUUUCGGCUCUAGUAUGGCGGGCUCGAACCAUGGCACUCAAGAUGAAACCACACCAACUAACACAGCUUCUCAUAUAUGUCGACUUCCGACCGAAGAUGAAAAUGCUAAAGAUGCCCGACGGAUACUUCGGGAAUGCCGUGGUCUUACCUUGCUGCGUCUGCACCGCGGGAGAGUUGAUCGAUGAGCCGAUCUCUUCCACUGCCGAAAGAAUAAAGAAGGCGAUCGAGAGGGUGAACGAGGAUUUCGUGCGGUCGGCGAUCGACUACAUGGACAAGUACCCGUUUGAACCUUACCGAAUGAGCUCGCUCUUGAUAAGUUCAUGGAUGGGGCUGGAUUUUGGCGACUUCGACUUCGGAUGGGGAGGGCCAAGGCAACUUGGCACCGGCAACCUGCUGCCGACAGACUGCGUUUUUAUGAGGGAAGAGAGCGAGAAUAAGAAGGACGUUGCGGUGGUGUUGGGCUUGCCACUGUCGACCGUGAACACGUUCCGAGAGUCGGUCCAAAUAUAAACUUAUCGUCAGAGACUGAACACCUUCGAUAUCGCUCGCCUGCCAUUCCCAGAAUGCUACUUCUCUUUUUAUUUUUCUUGCCUGGAAUAAGCGCAAACAAUGCUACUUAGAUGUUCACUGUCUAGUCAUGACAUUCCAUUAGUUAUCAAGGUUUGUUUCUGUUUACUCACUUUACUGAUAUUGUACACAGCGAGUUCCCAUUCCCUCAAUAAUACAUGCAUUGGCGAUUGAGAAAA